AUGAAAUACCAACAAUUUAUUAUUGCUACUGGAGGUGUUGGAGUUGGAAAGUCAACUCUAAUUAGAAGAUUAAAAAGAAGUUUACCAAAAGGAGAAAGUAUAUUUGUAAAAGAAUAUGUUGACUAUAAACCAGUUGAAGCUAAAAAACAGUUAGAAGACACACUCAAAGGUAAUGGAUCAGUGUAUGAAUUCCAAUUAAGUAUUAUAGAUUGUUAUAAACAACAAAUGGAGCAAGCACAAAAUAAAAAGUAUGUAAUUAUGGAGAGAAGUCCAGCAGACUCUAUUAAUAUUUUUGCAGCUGCAUCCUAUAGAAAUGGUAAGAUAAGUGAAUUUGAAUUUGAGGAUUUAAAAGCCCGAGUAGAAAAGUUAUAUGAUGCUUAUAAUAUUCCUCGAUUUGAUGAUUGCCAUUUUACUAGAGUUGAUAGUUGUAAAUAUUCUAUUGAAGGAGUUUUUGAAUUGGUAAAGAGUCAAGUCUCUAUUUCAUUGAAAAGAAAGCAAAGUUGUAUUUUCUUUCUAUAUUGUAGUGAUCCUCUUCAACAAAAGAGAAAUAUUGAAACCCGGGGGCGGCCUGAAGAAAAAGAUUAUGACAUUAAUUAUAUGAUUAGUGUUAACGAUGAAUACCAAACUCUUUUUGCCAAAUAUUAA